AUGGCGGCCAUGGAGGAGCUGGAGAUUCACAGCAAGUCGUAUUUUGUUCGUUGGAUCAAUGUCAACGCCAACCACACCAUCUCGUGGAGUAUUCAGCCGCACAAGAAGUCUGUCAACUUCGGCAUCUUCAAACACCCCGGACAGUCGCCUACUCUGAGUUCUCAGAUCCCUGCCUCCGAUUCCCAAAGCACCGAUUCCACCGAGAAUCUCCCCGCAACCGCAACCACGGCCGGCGCGCGACAACAACAGUCCGCCGUAAUCGAGAAGCUGACCGGGAUUGGUCUGAAGACCAUCAAAUGGACAGGGAAAUGCGAGGCGGACAAGAUUACGCAAGGUACCUUCGAUGUACCGCUCAAUGAGGGGGGCAACUACGCGCUGGUGUUCGACAACACCUUCUCCAAACAAAUAUCCAAGACCCUGACGCUGGUCCUCCUGACCUAUCCGACCGGCCUGCCGCCUCAUACCUCCGCCUCGAAUACCGCCGGACGCACUCAACCGGGUGCAUCCACUGAUUCCUUGCCGCAGCCCAAGACUCGGGGGAGGGGUAACAGUCGCGCUACUCUCAACUCCCAGAUCGACACGUCGAAUCAGAAUUUCCACACGGGAUUGCUGCAGAAGCGCCGCCGAAAACGCCACCAAGGCUGGGCGCGUCGGUACUUCUCGCUAGAUUUCACCUCGUGCACACUAUCUUAUUACCACGACCGUAACUCUGCCGCACUGCGGGGCGCGAUUCCACUCUCUCUAGCGGCCGUUGCGACCAACGAGAAGACCCGAGAGAUUUCAAUCGACUCUGGUACUGAGAUCUGGCAUCUUCGUGCCAGUAACGAACAUGACUUUGGCGCGUGGAAGCAAGCGUUGGAGAGAGCUUCUUCUAAGAAUGCCCCCAAGGACAGCAAUUCUGGACUAGGUGUUCCUCCCGAGCUGCGACUAUAUGCGCCCUCGCAGUCUUCUCCGGCGGAGGAGCAUGAAUGGACACGGGUGCAGAGUCUUGUUAGCCAGAUCUCCGGGUCGCGAGAUGCGAUCCGUCGGCUUGCCAAGGAUACCGACCCCAAAUAUCUCGCUUCAUCCACCCCCAAUGUCAAUAUCGACCGGCCUCGCUCGCGCGGUAGGUCUCCUAGCCCUCAGCCUACCCCCCAGCCCGGUGCCCAGGACGCUGCUCCUAGUGAGGAGACCAAGCGACCUUUUUGGAAGCGCAAGACGAGUGGCCAGUCGCAAACUAGCACCAAACGCCCAUCGGCUGUGACUGCGAAUUCGAACUCGUCGCAACUUGUGGUGCCAUCUAAAGAUGUCAAGGGAAAGCCUGCCAGUAUCACCAGUCAUUCCGACAACAUGGAUGAAAUUCAUGAUCAUCUGAUGGCGGUGCUGCGCGAUCUUGAUCAUGCUGUCUCUGAGUUCUCUACGCUGAUUGCUGAGAACAGGGAGCGACGUACCCCUCCAAAGCCUUCUAUGGUUCCCAGGCGGAGCAUGGAGUCGGACAUGUCGCAAGAAUUCUUUGACGCAACUGAUGGUGCUGGGGACAGGUCUCCCCUCUUGACCAUUCAAGACAGCGAUGAUGAGGGCCCUGAGGAGGAUCGACCUAGCUCAGCUGUCGCAGAAGUCGAGGAUGAUGCUCCCUCGGAUAGUGACAGUGUAUCUGAUGCAACAGCAACUCGACAGGAGAGCGGCAGUGCCGCGGGGCUGUUCCCGACUAAACCCAAGUCAUUGAUCCCACUGCCUUUAGACACUGUUAAGCGCCGUGCGACCAUUCUUGCCCCCACCGUCCUGCCCCCAAGCUUGAUUGGCUUCCUGCGCAAGAAUGUCGGCAAGGACUUGUCUACAAUCUCAAUGCCCGUUUCGGCCAACGAGCCAACGUCUCUCCUGCAACGUGCAGCGGAAAUUUUGGAAUACUCAGACCUUUUGGACAAGGCCAGCCAGUCUUCUGACCCUGUCGAGCGGUUGAUGCUCGUGACUGCAUUCGCAGUGUCCUCCCUCUCGGCUAACCGGGUUCGCGAACGUUCAAUUCGCAAGCCCUUCAACCCCAUGCUAGGUGAAACCUACGAGCUUGUUCGUGAGGACCGUGGCUUCCGCUUUAUUGCCGAGAAGGUCUCCCACCGUCCUGUCCAACUCGCGUACCAAGCCGACAGCAAAGACUGGUCUCUCUCGCACUCUCCUCUCCCCAGCCAGAAAUUCUGGGGUAAAUCCGCCGAGAUCACCUACGAGGGCCGCGUCCGCGUCAGUCUCCACUCAACUGGUGACCGCUUCAGCUGGACCCCCGCAUCAUCUUUCCUUCGCAACAUCAUUGCAGGCGAGAAAUACGUGGAACCAGUUGGUGAACUCUCCAUCACCAACGAAUCAAAUGGACAACGCUCAAUCUCCACCUUCAAAGCCGGCGGCAUGUUCUCUGGCCGCAGCGAAGAAGUCUCCACUCGCGCCGUGGACUCCAACGGCAACCCACUUGCCCUCGGUCUGACAGGAACCUGGCCUUCUUCGCUGACACUCACCCGCGACGGCAACCCAACCGGAAACACUGUCUGGACCGCCGGCUCUCUCGUCCCCUCCGCACCUAAACAUUACGGCUUGACCUCUUUCGCCGCUACCCUCAACGAGAUCACCCCGAUCGAAGAAAAGCAUCUCCCAGCUACAGACUCGAGACUGCGACCUGACCAGCGUGCUCUGGAAGAGGGAGACCUUGACCGCGCAGAGGAAGUGAAAGUACAACUUGAAGAGGGACAGCGCUCACGGAGACGUGCGAUGGAGGAUUCCGGCGAGACUUGGACUCCGCGCUGGUUCACGCGGGCUGGAGAUGAGGCGGAUGGCGAAAACGCUUGGCGUUUGAAGGGUGGGAAGGAUGGAUAUUGGGAGGAGAGGGCUAGGGGAACCUGGUCUAAUGUUGUUCCCGUUUUCGAGAACUAG